GUCAACUGCCGUUGCGCUGCGUUUAGGCGGUUUCACACAGAGCAUGCAAUUUCCGCGUUACGCAAACGCAAGGUGACGCCAUACGCCAGUCACCAUCAGUCUGUUUCAAUGUGAACCACGUGAAAGAGUUGUGAUAAGGGAUGAGACAAUAGUUUGCGUUUGCAUCGAUUUAUUUUGCUAGGUUGACACAAGCUUAAGGUGUUUUCGGCGUGCUCAAGACAGGGGUAUCGCAUCAUUGACAAUACCAAAGAAGUUUAGUCAUCAUGCUGCAGUUGACGAUAUGCCAACGCAAGUAGAGUUACCAGCGUUGUUGCUCCCGUACAUGUGAACGAAUCUUCACUGUGCGCGUGAAAAAUGGCCAUUACCAGAAAUUAAAAGUAACGUAACAUUGGCACAGUCAUGUAGACGUGGAAAUAUACCAUCAUCCAAAAUGAAUACAGUGAACAGCGAAUACGAGGACGAGCAUUACGGCGGCUUCGGGAAUAUGUCUUCGCCGUAUAAGCCAUGGUACACCGGGUUGUCCGCCAUGAUAGGCGUGCUAGGGGUUACUGGUAAUCUACUAGUUAUGCUGGUCAUUUUUAAAGUCCAAUCUCUACGAAAUACCACAAAAAUUCUUGUAUUUAACCAAUCACUGAUCGAUCUCUCAACAAGCGUGUCUUUUUCAAUGUACAACCUUCUACCGAAAAUCGAACAUGCAGAAGACAAUGUGCUUCACAAGCUACUUUGCAUGUUCUGGACGUCUGGUUACUUCCACUGGGCUUUCGCGAUAUCAUCAUCCGUCAACCUGAUCUUGAUGACGUUACAUCGCUAUUUUGCGAUCAUACAUCCAAUCCGACACUACACCGGCUUUACGUUCAGGAUUGCGCGCCGGUGCACGCUGAUCCCCUGGGUUGUAGGAAUUACAAUUGAACUUCACUGGGCCUUGGUCAACGUCUUAGAUGAGUACCAACACUGCACGGUCCACUGGCCAAUUAGUGGUCUGCAGAACGUCGCAGGAGUACUAGUCGUUGUCGUAAUAUAUUUCUCCGUUAUGAUCGUUAACGCAUUUGUGUACGUUUCUAUUGCGUUAAAGCUUCUUCACAGGCCUGCUUUUCACUCGGGUGCUAAUAAAUCAGAUCGAUUCUCAGGCGCAUUCCGCAGCGUUUUGAUCACAUUUGUUGGCAUAAGCACAGCAUACGCGGUCUGCUGGACACUAAACCAAGUCCUUUAUUUUGGGUUUAAUCUAGGAUUUCAUGUGGAUAUGUCAUCAGAUCUUUAUCAUUUUUCCGUUAUUCUUGCGUUUUCUAAUUCCUAUAUUAACACGUUUGUGUAUGCCUAUGGUUUACCAGAAUUUCGCAAGAUUUGUAGAGAUAUGCUUAGGUGUAAGAAGCCUUCUUGUAUUCGAAAUGGCAGUCAGAUCUCAAGAGAACGCGGCAACGGUGUAAAUUCGAGUUCACAAAACACGUGGUUUUAGACUCCUUUAAACUUAAGUAAAACUACGGUUUUAUGAUAAUAAUUAACUAUUUUUUUACAUCUUACCUGGUCGAAGGUGACUGUUUAAAUUGAAAACUCAAUAUUGUAAUAAAUAUUUUUUACUUCGUACCUGGUCGAAGAUGUGACUAUUUACAUAUGCGAUAUUAACUAAAAUUGAAAACUCAAUAUUUGAAUUGCUUAAUACUUUGUAUAUUGUAUUAGCAAAGAAGUAUAAAAUAUAGUACCGUAAAUUAAAACCUUCUUGUUAUUAGCUUUCAUUUAAAAUAAG